AUGUCUCGAGAGAUAGACCGACUGCCAAUGCCCACUGAGAGGCGAAAGGUCAAAGUCAUCGUCGCUAGUCCGAGUCGGUCCGGAACACUGGGUCUGUACUGGGCAAUGCAAAUUCUUGGCUUCAAAACAUACCACAUCUAUGAAUGUGUCGCCGUCAGUGAACUAGCUCAUCUCAAGAUCUUCAAAGAAGCCAUCACCGCUUAUUACAACCAACUCUCGGGAAUCAAACGAUACGAUCUAGCAGAUUGUGAAAAGUGGCUAGCAAACUAUGACUGCCUCAUUGAGAUCCCUAGUUACGUCGGAAUGGACGUGAUCGAAGCCUACGCGACUGAUCCAGAUGUAAAAUUCAUUCUCACGGAGCGCAGCCCGGAGAAAUGGGCGAAAUCUGUCAACAACUCAACUGCACAUGUCGUGAAUAUGGCAUAUACCUUUCCGUUCAAUAUCCUCAAGUACUUCAGCUCGACGCUGUACCACUUUCUUACUAUGAAUACCUUGGUCUAUAAUGCACUUGCCUCUGGUACGAAGGUUGGGGACGAGGAUAAUGAAAGAAUUUUGCGCAGAUACUAUAGCGAUUACAUCAAACGGGUAAAGGCGACGAUUCCUGCUGAUCGCCUGUGUCUUAUCAAUAUCGAGAAAGAAAAUCUGGACUGGGAAGCUAUUUGUCCUUUUCUUGAGCUGCCUGUUCCUAAGGAACCCUAUCCUGGUCGAAACGAGCCGGAGAAAUUUCAAGCUAUGGUGAAGAACUUUAUAGAACCUCAUGUCAAAGCUGCUGCAUUGAGAUUUGGGGUCACGGCUUUGACGACGUUGGGCAUUCUGGGUUGGGCGUCCAUGAAGUAUGGCCCGUCGAUUAUUGCAUCCGCGAACAAGUACUAUUAA